UACAGAUCCUGUGUUCUGUCUUGUGCUUCUUGCAAUGAACAUUCCCUUUAAUGCAGUUGCAGAUAAUACACCUGAAAAGACCUGUGGAGGAACUCUUAAGGAAUACAAUGGUCUUGUAUCAAACAAGUUUUAUGACCCUCCUCAUAACUGGUGUAGGUGGGUCAUCGAAACCGACCCAUAUGGUUUUGUGGGGCUGCAUUUCAACUAUGUAAAGAUGAGAGAUCAACCAACGUGUGUUAUUGGCUGUAUUACAAUCUAUGAUGGGUUACCAGAAGAUGCAAAAAUUCUUGGGCGGAUCUGCAAGAACACAGAUGAAUAUUUUUCCAGUUCCUCUAAUAUAAUGACCCUUGAGUAUUUUAGCGAUGACCUUAACAAUGGAGAUAGCUUUGAAGCUGAAUAUUUCACAUUGAUGCCCUGAAAACACAAUGCUAAUCACCAUUAGCUAACAGCAGAUUUAUGUACACUGAUCAUUAAAAGGGUGGUCCCAUCUUAGACAUUUAUGGCAUAUCACUAGAAUAUGCCAACAAUGUAAGGUAUUCCUGGGACCCACUCCUAUGUCCAUAACAGGACCCCUGAAGCGAAAGGAGAGCAGGUGUGAAAGCACAUCCAUGCUCCAUUCACUGCUAUCAGAGUCCCAAAAAUAGCCAAGCGCUAGCAUGUCAAUAUCUGGUAGUCUCAUAGUGGUAAACGGAGAGGUAUCUGUGCUUGGAUGGCAUGCUCUACAUCCACCGAAAUGAGACUUCUGACGAGCGCGCUCACGUCUGGGGCCACGUUCUGGAGAUAGGACCAACCUCUAUCUGACAUUUGUGGCAUAUCCUAGCAAUAUUCCAUAAAUGUCCAAGAUGGGAAAAUCAUUUAAUAAAUUAACAUUAAUAAAUAUAUUCAUUUUGUCAUAUUAUAGUAAGAAAUAUAUGUCUUUUGAUUUUAUUCUGUUACUAUAUUUCAGUGUUCAAAAGGUAUCAGCCAAAUGAGACU